AUGAAUCUAUUUGGAAGUUGUAUGCCAUACUUCGGAAAUUGUCUAGAAUGCAUGCAAGGUCCGUCAUUCACUGCUACUGCUUCAUACUCACAAAUGUCAAAUCCUUUAACGCCUGCAAUUCGGCUAGAUGUCGCUAAAAGCGGAAAAGACGUUGUGAUUUUGAAAGAAGGUGAACGAAUAUGUGGCACCGGUGCCGCUUUAGGAACCUUACCUAUUGUACAAAAUAAAGCCUUUUUUCAAGUGAAUAUUCAACAAGAUGGUACUUGGGGAGUUGGACUUGGUAACUCUCACACACCUUUGGACGCUGCCCCGGUCGUCACUGAAUUCUGGGGUAUCCGCGAUAAUGGCGAAGUUUUUGCCAAUGAGAAAGCUAUUGGAAAGCUGAACAAAGAAAUCUCGGAGGGAGACUCGAUUGGUAUAUGUUAUGACCAUGUUGAGCUGAAAUUCAUCGUGAAUGGUGAACCGGCUGAGCCAUCUGUGACGGGAAUCAGGGGGCCUGCGUACCCAAUAAUUUAUGUGGACAAUUCCGCCAUUAUUGAUGUAAAGUUUCGAAACUUCACACAAAAUGCUCCAAGUGGAUAUGAUGAGAUACUCGCUGAACAAACUUUACUUUGAAGUCACUAAUUUAUGAAAUGCUUAUAUGUCUGUGGUUAUAUGAAUGUGCAUUCUGAUUCCUUCUUUUUCUUCUUCUGUGCGGGUGAUGGUUAGAAUUCAACAAUAAAAUUUCAAAA